GACCAUUUCUUUGCAUUUCCUGGUGUGGCCAGAUUUCUGUUGACACAAUAAACAACAAUUAAAAAUAAAAAUAAUUAAGAACUAAAGUUAAUUAACGCAAAUAGGGAGGAGGUCCAGGCAAAAUGAUGGACGAACAGCUCAUAGACGAGGUGGCCCAUCACGGGGUCAUUUACAAUAGGCAGAAAUAUUAUUUGAAUGGAAGUGCUUUGGGCGGCAAGUACGAGACAAAAGAGGAGGCCUGGACAAUAAUAGCCAUGAAAUUGCGAACUGAUGUGGAAACCUGCAAGAAGCGAUGGAAAUAUUUGCGUGAGCGCUAUGUCUCCCAACGCAAACAGGGCGAUCCACCUGUGUAUGAGCAUCUGUCGCGUCCGUAUCUGGAGAAAAUGAAGUUUCUGGAUCAGCAUAUACAGCCGCGCAAGUCUUAUCGCAACGUACCCAACUUUCUUACCUCGCCGCAAUCGGCAAAUAGCUCCAAUUAUAGUGAAUAUAAUGUGGACUCCAAAUCGAAUAGCUCUGUGAAGAAUAUGUCGCACUUUGGUCAGGGCCAGGGGCAAGGCCAGGGGAGUGGUAAUGGUGCAGGCCAUCAUUAUCAUCAGCCCGAUGCCAUGAAUGUCUUAAGCACGGCUGCUGCCUCAGCUCUGGAGACAGUCAAUGGACAGGUGAAAAUCGAGGCGGAGAUUUUUCGAGAUUUCGCAGCGGCAGUGGCCUCGCAUUCCCAGCAAUUGCAGCAAAUCUCACAAUCCCAGAUGCAACAGCAACAGGCGGCUGCAGUGGCAGCUGUCAUGGCGGAUUCCUCGCAAGGUUAUCAGGAACAAUAUCGGGAUAAUUCGGUGGUUGGGGGUGUUACAGGACCCCAGACAAGUGCCGGCAGUCUAACUUCGACCUCAUCAUCAAUGAAAUCACCAUUGUCAUCGCCACUAGCCGUCGGCAUUGGUUCACAGCAGCAGCAACAACAGCAGACCCAAUCCUCUCCUGCCUCUGGUCAACAGGCGACAACAUCAUCUGUGGUACAUUCCUCUUCCAGUGUUAAUUCCAAUAUGCAGCCAAACUAUAAUCAUAAGAAUAACGAUGAUCUAGACUCGUCAACUGGCAGUAAUUAUCAUAUGAAAAGGCCUCGUGUCCAAAUGGCCAAUGGCAACAAUAAUCAUGCACCAUCACAAAUGUCCUCGAACAAUGGAGGCGGCGAUUUUCAAGAUUCCGAUGGUGAUUCUGAUUCUGAUUUAAUGGAACCUCAAACUAUGCUCCAGCAGCAUGAUUAUCAAAAUAAUAACAAUAAUAGUAAUAACAAUAGCAAUAAUAAUAAUAAUAAUUCGCUUAAUAUGCAACGUUCUGGCAACAACAUUGUCAAUCAGCAACAGCAGCAGCAACAACAGCAGCAACAACAACAACAACAGCAACAACAUCAGAAUAUGUUCCCAUCCAAUACUGAUUUCCUAUUCCAAUUGUAUCAACAAUUGCCUCAACAACAACAACAACAUCAACAGGGUCCAGGCUCAUCGCAUCAUGUGCAAAAUUUUGGUAAAUUUCCAGCACCACCAAAUCCGCAGCCAAGUGUGCAACGUUCCUCAGAGCAUUUAUUGGGUGAGCUGGUGACCACCGAGCUAUUGAAAAUGAAUAAAGAUCGUAGGAAAAAUGUACAAAAGCGCAUCCUGGAAAUACUUUUCUUCGAUGAUUGAAUUAAGUUAGAUUUAGAUAUGCCCUGAGCUGCAUAAAGCUAUAAUGUAUAUAUACUAUAGAAUUAUUUAUUUGCGGUUUAUCCCUAACUUUUCAUCGGCAAUAUUCUUCAAGUCUAAGUACAGAUGAAAAGAGACUAACCGCCUAUAUAGAUAUUUAUAUAGUAAUUAAGUAAUCCCUUAAGGGUUUCAUUAAUCAUCUCUCUGCUCAUCAACUGUUAAGCUAAUCCCACCAAGAAAGCUUCAUUUAGUCACUAGUCACACCCUCGCUCCAACCUAUCAAUAUUUUCGGAUUGAGUAUUUAUAUAUUUUCUAUAUUAUCAUUUUCUCCUCUAUAAAUUUAAGCUGAAAAGUGAAGUAAACCAUCUAAAGUUAAGGUAUACAUAGUAUACAUUUAAAUUUUAAUUUAUUCAAGUCUUGAGCAAAAUGUUUA